AUGUUGCCUGGCGACGAAACAACCGGAGUCUUUGGCGGCUCCGACCCGGAGGCAAUAUUCGUGUUGCAGCAUGGCCAGUUUGACUGUCUCAAGGUAAUGUUGGAGCGGUCUCAUAGACGCCAUGCGCUCGGUCCCGCGCUCGGUCCCGCCAUGUUGAACCCUCUGCUCAACGUAUGCGCGCAGCACGGACAGGCGGAGUGUUUAUACUUUCUGCUGAAUUCUGUGACACGUGAUCCACACAGCGCAGGCGUACUUCCGGGUGACGUGCGCGGUAACACUGCCGCGCAUCUGGCGGCCAAACAUGGACAUGUCCAGUGUUUACAUACUCUCGUGGCAUGUGGCUACGACGUCACAUCAGAGAACCUUCUUAAGCAGCGCCCCAUGCAUAGGGCCCAUCAGAGCAGAAGCCACGUGUGCUUUGAACACCCACUACUGCUGAACAUGUGCGCGCGCAUGUGGGCUUCAUUGCACGCGCAGACGAGACUCAACGCCAGCGCAGGCGCACAUCCGGCUGACGUGCGCGGUAACACUGCCGCGCAUCUGGCGGCAAAACUUGGACAUGUCCAGUGUUUACACAUUCUCGUGGCAUGUGGCUAUGACGUCAUUUCCGAGAACCUUCUCCAGCAGUGCCCCCUGCAUGGGGCCCAUCAGAGCAGAAGCCACGUGUGCUUUGAGUACCUACUACUGCUGAACAUGUGCGCGCGCAUGUGGGCUUUAUUGCACGCGCAGACGAGACUCAACGCCAGGGGCCAGUUGGCGGAACUGACGUCACAGAUUGAACUCAUCGAGGAUACGUUCGAUUUCUCGCCGCUCGCCGAUCUGCCCGCCACCUUGCGGAAGUUGGACGCCUCACUGUUGGAAGCGUUAUCCAGCAUCACCGAGAGGACGUCAAACGACCGUACUGACGAGGUGGCAACACAAACGUUAUGCGGGCUUUUGAAGGACAUCCACAGAGAAUACAUUUUGGAAGACUGGAACACGGACCAUUUGUACGAUAAAUAUCUUCCGAACACCGGUCUUGGCGUCCCGGGCUUCUUUGGCGUGGAUGCAACGUCAAGCUUGGCGUCAUCAAACGUGACAUCAUUUAAUGUAACAUCAUCAAACGUUGCAUCAAACACUUUUGGGACUCCAGUUGAAGCAUGUUCCACAAAAUUGGGGCAGGCAGUAGAACAAAGUGCCAAUGCAGCAAAAACGAACACAAAUUUAUCGAAGUUAUUAGAACAUUGUGAUUCAAUGCGAAAGAAACAGACUGCUGAUACUGAUUCUGGUACGUCUGAAAACUCGGCGUCAGCAGCUAAUUCAACAAAACGCGAUGCUCCCGAAGGUUGUUUGAGAAGAACGCAUAUAAAGGACCAGAAUUCAAAUAAACAAUUCACAAACAUGAACGGUACGAAAGAACACAUCGAUCCUGAAGAAGUUGAUAUAAGUAAAUUGGACAACAGUGACAAUAAAACACAGAGUGACGAAGGCAAUCCGACAGACUUACCCAAUUACCCAACGGAGAGACCUUUCACCAAGCUCCUUUCCCUGGACGAAAGAAUCGAUCUUUUGAUAGCUGGCGAAAAAAGGAAGGAGCGAGAAAUUGAUGGGAGCAUUCACGCGUCGAGCGGAAACCUUCAGUCGUCGCACUCCAUGGAUUCUCCGUCCACAUUUACGUCGGUGACAUCACACACAUCCGGGGCAUCAGACUGGUGCAACCGGCUGGCGUUAACCAGUCUGGAGUCCGCAGCGAACGAUUACGUCACCAACAACAACGUGUCACGUGACGCGACGAGUGAAACUACGUCGUACUGGUGGGAUGUGGAGGAAAUGGAAUACGCCAACGCAGACGGAAAGCUGUCAGCGCUGUACGUCGACGACAUCCGUCGGCGUGUACACGUGCAUUGUGACAACGCCGCUUCGUCCUACGACGAUCUCCGUCGACAGAGGAUCGCUAGUCACCUGAAAGCCGUCCAGCAAACUAGGUUUACAUCGGACAACUACCGCGAAAAGAUAAUUACGUCAUCAGGCGAGGUCAUGGGAGGCUUCGACACUCCGCCGGAAGUAGGACCGCAGCGCCGUGUUCGUGUCGACGUCAAUGGAGCUUUGAGAAACAGAGACCAAUCGAAACAAGCUAGGGGAAACAUGAAGCCGGGUAAACCUUGUUUAUUUACAUUGGAGGACGCCAUAGAAGCAACAUCCGAGAAGAAGACUGACUUCCGGUAA